AUGACGGUUCCUGUGGGAUCUGAGAAGUUUUUAUCCUUACCACGGAGGCAGCAAAAUGAACUCAUUUUUAAUCUCCUAGCUCCUCUUGCAAGGCUUAGACACACAUUUAAAAAUGCUAGGCAAGAUUUACAGUACGGUUGUACAGACAAGCCAUCAUUACCUAUAAUUCCUCCACAGAGGAGUUUUACAGAGCAGGCUGAAAAAUCAAGAUACGGAUCAGUAUCCUCAAACUCUACAAAUGAGGAUGAGGAGGAUGGAGAGGAGGAGGAAGAGGAGAAGGAGCGAUUAGAAAUUCUCAGAAUGAGGAAAAUCCACAAAAAGGUUGUUUUGAAUGUUGGUGGUGUAAAGCAUGAGGUCAUGUGGAGGAUGUUGGAACGUCAACCGAGGUCAAGAUUAGGUCUUCUAGCUCUUUCAACAUCUUCAGUUCAGAUUUUGGAGCUGUGCGAUGCCUAUUCGCUUGAGGACAACGAGUAUUAUUUUGACAGACAUCCCAGAUCUUUCAAUUGUAUUCUUAACUUCUACAGGAUUGGUAAACUGUAUGUACUGGAAGAGCUGUGUGUGAUGGAUUUCAGCCAAGAUCUGGAUUACUGGAUGAUUGAUGAUAUAUAUCUAGAGCCGUGUUGUGAGGGUAAGUAUACAGGAACAAAGGAACAUGUUGUGGAAGAAGUGAAAAAGAAUUCUAAGGUUAACACAACAGUAGUAGAUCAGGAAUACUUCGGUGAGGGACCGUGUGCCAGGUAUCAGAAAUGUUUAUGGGAUUUGAUGGAGAAACCGAAUUCCUCUAUUUUUGCAAAGAUUCUAUCCUUGUUCUCCAUCUCUCUUGUUCUUAUUUCUACGGUAGGAAUGUGUCUCAACACAAUGCCUGAGUUUAAACACGAGGUUGAUGAUCAAGUUGUUGAUAAUGCAUAUUUUGCAUUGAUUGAGGCAGUUUGCAUUGCCUGGUUCACCUUGGAAUAUUUUCUAAGAUUGGCAGGAGCUCCCAACAAAUGGCAUUUCUUGAAGGGACCAAUGAAUGUAAUUGAUGUCCUAGCAAUUCUACCAUACUACCUUUCCCUGAUAUUUGUGGAGGAGGAUAACCUGGGACUGGUACUGGUUUUACCGGGGAACAGUACAACAACCACUACUCCAGAGCCAGAGUCCAACGAAACUGAGUUUGAAGAUAUGUCAAGAGUGAUUCAGGUGUUCCGAAUUGCGAGAAUAAUGAGAAUCUUUAAACUGGCGAGAUCUUCUACAGGAUUACAGGCAAUUGCUCACACAAUGAAGAGCAGUUACAAGGAGCUGUCUCUCCUUCUCCUGUUUGUUGGGAUGGGAAUGCUUAUAUUUGGAAGUUUAGCCUACUUUGUAGAAAAGGACUUCCCAGGUAGCAAGUACACUUCUAUUCCUGAGUCCAUGUGGUGGGCUAUUCAGACCAUGACGUCGGUUGGAUACGGUGAUCUGUCUCCCAUAACACCUCUGGGGAAGCUUGUCGGGUCCUGCUGCGGUGUUUCCGGUGUUCUUGUAAUGGCACUUCCGAUACCCAUAGUUGUCGAGAACUUUGGAGCUUACUAUAUGGAACAGAAGAAGAGAGAGGUCAUUGCAAAGAAGAAGUUUGACAAUGCCGAGGCUAGAAUUGAGGAUGAAGCCUCCAGAGAGGUUGAAAGAGAAAAUCUGAUUGGUGUACUGCAAAAUAAACCAGGACCAUUCUCAGUCAUACCACAGUCCCCCAGAACCGGUUCUGUGCACAGUGCAGAAGAACUGCUAAAUUGUCAGAAGAAUCAUGGCUCCAAGGAUUGAGACGGUUUAAUGGAUUCAAAGAUGAAUCCAAGAUUAAGUUUUGUGUUCAACCGAACUACAAUUCACAAUUCCUAACAUAGUUUAACCGAACUACAAUGCACAUUCAGAACUGGUUCAACCGAACUAUGUGAUUCACAUUCCAAACUGAUUCAAACGAAUUACGAUUGACAUUUUAAACUGGUUCAACCGAAAUACGACUAACUUUUCAAACUGGUUCAACAAUAACUGUACAUUCCAAACAUCAUAAACUGGUUAAGAACUGGUUCUAGUACAAUCCGGAGAUGAUCCUAGAAUUUGAUCGUAUCAAUUCUAAAAUGUUAUAAUUACCCAUCGUUAUUGAAACAGCUAUUAAAAGAAAAGAAACAUAAAACUUAUUAGUUGAAAUCAGACCAAAAAUUGUAUUCACGGUCCUUACAAAUUCACGAUUUUGUUAAUUACAUUAGAAUAUUUUAUGUAAAAUGUUUAUCCAUCCAAAGAGGGACAAAACAGUUUUUUUGUUUAAUUCAUAUUACUCU